AUGAACUCAACAAAUCCAGCAACAGUUUUAGGUUUUGGUACAUGGCAGCAGAUUGUAGACAAAUUCUUAUACUGUGCUAACUCUUCAAAGCAAACAGGAGGUUCGAAGAAAAUUACUGAAGCAAACCUUCCACCGCACACUCAUACAGGAACUACAAACACAACAGGUAGUCAUUCACAUUCAAUAACAAAAAGAGGUUAUACAAAUCUUGCAGCAGGUUCGGAUAGACAGGGAAUGCAUAGAUAUGAUAUUUCAAGUGACCCAGUAGAUUCAAGCGCAGGUAUUUUCUGUGGAACCGCAGGAAAUCAUGCCCAUACUUUCACAACAAAUCCAACAGGCUUGGGUGCAGAUUACAUGCCACCAUUUGUGACUGUAUUUGCAUGGUACCGCGUUCAAUGA